CUUCUCCACCUGUGAUUCUGCGUACCCAUUACCAACCUCGGCUUUAUCUUUUUCUUCCCCCAUUUUGAUUGUGAUCAAUUUUUGAAGUAAUUUCCCUUGAUUUGAUAUUUCAGUCUGAACUCUGAAAUGGAGAUAGAUUUUUUGGGUUUGAAUUCCAAACCGUCGCAUAAAUCAGAGAAAGGGAUAAUGAAGAGUGCGUUCAAAGAUUCAGCCAUCCGAGGAGCUGAUAUAUCCUUAUCCCUUAGUACCAGUUCUUCCGUGGAUUUCGAGGGAGAGCAUCUGAAUCUUGGGGAGAAUAAAACAUGGGCAGUUCCUAUCAAUACGAUGAUUUCUACAUGUAGUGGCAGCCUGGAGAAAGCUCACGCGAGCGAAGAAUCUUCUCUAGCAUUUGUACCUGCGUCUCUUAACAAAUUCUCGUCAACCACGGGUUUCCUAUAUGACCUGAACGAGAAACCUGCCUACUUAAGGACCAUUGCCGAUCCCACAGCCCAGCCUGCUUUAUGGACAACCAUGCAUUCUUGUGCUGCACAUGUUUUCCAUGAAAUUUUACCAGAUAAGGGUAAUCACGUUGUGUGUGCGGCCGGCAAGUCAUCCUUGGCCACUUCUAGCGCUGAACAAAGCACAUGGGGCUAUUGUUAUUCUCCAACGGUGGCCAUGGCUCGGAGGGCAACCUUGGCCAGAUUUUUAGAGAAGCGUGUGCAUCGAUUGACACGUACAAAGACAUCAAAUCUUACUGGAAAAUCACUAGAUGCAACCACUUCUCAAGCAUGGAAUGUAAAAAUGAAGUGAAGCAAGAAGAACAGUAUUAUCAUAUAGUGAUAUGAUAAGGUAACACUGAUGUUAGGUUAGUUUCUUUUCUGGUCCUUUUGAAGUACCUAUACAUUCCUUUUAGAAUAUAGGAUACCGAAUGGUUAGAUCAUUGUUCAAGUGAGUCAUUUAUUCGAUUGAUGAGUCAAUUGAACUGGUAAAUGACUGAUUAUUUUGACAAUGUUAAAUAAUUUUGUAGUGUAUACAGUUAAUUAUUCCAUGAAUAAUUCGUUGUGUUGUACUACAUAUAUUUUUUUUUAUAGUUUUAGGUUUAAAUCUAAAAAAGAGAUGUUAUUAACACAAAAUUUAUGAUAUAGAUUCCUUCAAAUGCU